UGGGAGUCUUGCUGCUUUUUUUGUGAUGUAAGGAAAGUGCUCUUCAAACGUGGCCUAAAAAAAGAUUUCUUCUGCCAGAACUGCUCAAAAUAUUACGUUGCUUUUUCAAGUGCAAUGGGUUAUGAGGAGAAUGGUAACAUUAAAAUGCUCAAGUCAUGCACAGCGACUGAAAGGAAUGGUGAUGUUCUUGGGGAUGCGAGGUCUGAUGAUAAAGAUGGAAGUGUAAAUCUACUGCAUCUUGGCAAAGGAGACUAUGAUGUUCUGAGGUUUGAUCAUUCAUGGCAUAGAGAAUCCAGUGAAUCAAUAAACCAGAGCAGGAAAAGAGGGAGCACUGAAACAGGAAAUGAGGUCAUAGCGGCUGAGGAAGUUUUGGCAGACAUUGAUCACCAUUUCCAUUGCACACCAUUUGCACAAUUGCUACCAAUCUCUGAGAAAGGAAGAGAAAGUGGUGCUGAUGACAUCCCAAGCUCUUCAAAGAGGUUGCGGGUGAGCAAUAAUCAUGAUGAACAGAGCGAAGCAACGUUGCUUCAAUGUUCAGCAUGUGGCAAUUCAACUGGUUUUUCUGCAGAUGUGGAUAAUGGAAAGUUAAGAAUAGGAGAGGGAAAUUCUCCUAUUGAACAAAGCUUGCAAGAUUGUGAUAUUAAUGAUAUUCCUGAAUUUAAGGGAAAUGCUCCUACCGAAGAAAGCUUGCAAAAUUGUGAUGUUAUUGAUGUGUCAGGAUCAGGUUCUGCUGAUCAUUCAGUAAUAGGAAUUAUGUAUCCUCCGGGAGAAUUUAAUGAUUUUGACAAGUACAGAGAAGAGAAUUGUUUCUCCCCAGGUCAAAUUUGGGCUUGUUAUGAUGAUACUCAUGAUCCCAUGCCAAGAUUCUACGCCCAAAUCAUGAAGGUACAUGUUCGCCCAUUUAAAUUGUGCAUAAAUUGGCUAUAUCCUCAUCCAGGAUAUCAAGGUGGGAUUGACUGGGUAAACAGGGACAUACCUGUGGCCUGUGGCGAGUUUGCACGCGAUAAUUCUGAACACAUCACUACUUUUCGUAUAUUCUCUCAUCAAGUAAAUUAUGAUAAGAAUAUGGAUAGACUAACAUAUACAAUAUAUCCUAGAAAUGGGGAGAUUUGGGCCCUAUUUAAGGACUGGGAUAUAAGGUGGAGAUCAAAUCCAGAAAAUCACCCUAGGAUGAGGUAUGAAUAUCAAUUUGUGGAGGUUGUCAAAGAAUAUGUUGAGAGUACUGCUGUCGAGGUUGCUUUCUUGGAUAAAGUUGGAGGUUUUCUGAGCCUAUAUCAUAGGAAAAUCCAAGGUAAGCCAGUUCUAAUACCGCCAAAUCAACUACUAAGAUUCUCACAUCGAGUCCCCUCUUAUACGAUGCAUGGCACUGAAGGAGAAGGUGUCCCAGAAGGAUCUUUUGAACUUGAUCCUGCUGCCAUACCUCUGGCUCCUCAAUGAGAUUAUUCUUAGUGAAGCUGACAUAAAUGCUGUAAAGGACUGAAUCUGUGUUUAUAUGGAGCUUCUAUCUCAGUUUUACAUGUCAUUAACUUAAUCCUAGCACUGUUUCUCACAGGUCGGUGGCAUCAUGGACAGUUCUUGAAGAUUUUUUGUUGCCUAUCAUUAUAGAUUCUGAAGCAUGCAAUUGAAUUUGAACAGUACCCUGUCAUUUUGCAUAUUCUGGUAGUCUGAUGUUCUAGUUAUUGUGGAUCAUUUUU